GAUCUAUGACAGAUACCUUAUUAAAGAGCUCACCUAUGGAUGAGGGUAGGAAAUAUAUGUGCGAGUCUGAAGAUUGGGCAAUCAUUGACGGUAUUUAUGAUGUAGAUAUUCGGGAAAAGGUGGUUAUUGUAGGAGAAAUGAAAGAGCUUUUCGUCCAGAUGUCAGACGAAAAGGCUCUGAAUUGGCUGAGUGCCAUCAGUCCUACUCGUGCAUAUGACUUCCACAAACCUCGUCGCCUCGAAGGAACUUGUGAAUGGAUCUUCAAAACACAAAGAUAUCAAGCAUGGAUAGAUGGUACUGAAACUCGGGACCUCUGGGUAGUCGGUAUACCCGCCACGAGUCUCAUCGAUGAACUGCGAGGUCAAGAGGACUCGUUAACUACAUAUUUCUUCUUUCGAGACGGAGACCUGCAGACAAUGUCCCCGCUAGAAAUGGUCGCAAGCAUUAUUGCCCAGCUUAUCAAUUCCGAGAUAGAUAAGGAGAGAUUGAUGCGUAUUUUGAAGCUACGCGUACAAUCCAGCUCCUAUUUCACGAGUAAGCUCAACGAGUCCAGGGACCUCGGACAAUUGAGCGCCACGCUUCUCGAAAUGCUUCAAGGAUUUCCGAUGCCGGUUAUAAUCCUCUUGGACGCACUUGACGAAUGCACCGAACCUUCAAGCGUUGUUCGUCACUUGCUAGAACCGGCCAAGAAUCCAUCUUCAAUUGUACAUCUAAUGUCGAUGCCAAGUCUAGGCGAAGAGAUUCAUGUGCGGUUUCUCUUGACGGGCCGACCAAACGUACACGACAUAUUCGCAUCACUGCCAUAUGUAUCUACGAUUGAUAUGGAAGUCAAUGAGGACAUUCGCAAGUUCGUCAAUGAGCAGGUGGCGGGCAACGAAAGUUUACGCCGGCAUGAAAGUCAAAUCAUUGCGACAAUCUACGAAAACUCUCAAGGGAUGUUUCGAUACGCCGGUAUGUAUGAAUUACUUGAAGACAGUGGCGAACCCUUACAACUCGUAUUAGCACUCGUCAUAGAAGAGCUCAACGAACCCUCCCCUGAGCCUAUCUCGAAGCGCCUCCAGGCGAUGCCAAAGGGGAUAUCUGGCAUGUAUGAGCUUAUCCUGCGCCGACUCGGAUCUAGAGGGGGCGGAUGGGAGCACAAGCUACGGCAAAAGUUGUUACUUUGGGUGACGCUAGUCAACCGACCACUCAAAGUUCCAGAGAUGCAAUACGCGUAUGUUACGGUCGAAGGAGAUAAAUCGUUCGAUCCGGAUAUAGUCGUGUUGCCGACCGCAAAGCAAAUGCUAGCAGCAUGUGGACCGUUGCUGGAAGUGACGAGUGAGGACGAGUUACGGUUUACGCACCGAACGGUAAAGGAGUUCUUACUUCAACCCAUGGAUAAGUUGUCUGAACUCGCAAGGAGCGAUGAAAGGGUAACAUCGUGUAUGGUGAAUGAAGCAGAGGGCAAUGCGUUGAUAACAAUGGGAUGUGGUCAGGGAAUUUCAUUGAUAGCACCGGACUAG